GCAGAACUGUUUGUUUCAUUUGUCGUUUAUGUCCGGAUGGAUAUCCUGGUGCACUGGUUAACGUUCAGCUGAUGCGACCCUUGCUGAGUUACUUUAAUUACCAGUAAACCAUGGCGCUACGAGCUUGUGGGUUCAUAGUGUUUCGCAGAAUAGCUGGCAGUGCACCACCUCAAGGCAACAUCGAGUACCUCCUUCUACAGACUUCUUAUGGGGAGCACCACUGGACCCCACCCAAAGGUCAUGUGGACCCAGGUGAGGAUGACCUCACCACAGCGCUGCGAGAGACCAAAGAAGAGGCCGGGCUAGGGGUGGAGCAUCUGCAAGUGGUGGACAGUUUUGUCCAAAAGCUGAACUACAAGGUUCGAGGUAAACCCAAAGAGGUGCUGUACUGGCUGGCUGAGCUGAGAGACCCAGGAACUGCAGUGACAUUGUCUGAUGAGCACCAGGACUACCGCUGGGUCCAGCUGGAGGAGGCCUGCUCUCUGGCUGGUUACAAAGAUCUGCAGGAAACGCUGAAAGCAGCUCAAAGACACUUAGAGGCUCAGCAGGACAAACCCUGAAUGUGAGAAUGCAGACUGGAUAUAAGCUUUAGUUGAUUAAAACUAAUGCCUCAAGUUCAUGUUUAAUCAUCUGCUUUUAAUGAUUUUUCUUCAUUGGACUUGUGGUCUUAUAGAAGACUUUCAUACAGAAACAAACUAAAUCUGAGAGCUGGAAUGCUUUUAUUUUAUAAUAGAAUCAAAUACAAGAGUUAUUUUCUAUUUCGAGAAUGAUCAACUGUAGAAAUCACAAUUCAGCCACAAGGUGGAGACAAACAUUCUUCCACUGGCAGCACAUGUUUCACUGUACAUUUUAAAACCCAGAAAGAGGUUUUGCAGCAUAGAAUAAUAGAUGCUGUACAGAAAUUUAAGGCAAACGUGUUAUUUGAUUGCUUUGGAUUUUCUGUGGUGCAAAAAUCUAUUUGAGUGUUCCUUAAAUGUCAGGGAUUGGCUAACUUUUGAUUAAAUAAAUCAGAUGCUUACCCA